AUGGCUCCUCACGCUAGCUCGGAUGGUGCCACCGGUGCCGCGAACGGGUCCACUCGUCAAGAGUCUUCCCCUCUGUUUACUGUUCAGUCUCCCAAUGUAGUUUACACUGCCGACGAGAUCAAGAGUCAGUAUGCCUACCAGACCACUGAAGUCACCCGCACUGCGGACAACAAGUUGGUUGCGACCCCCAAGUCUACCAACUACAACUUCAAGGUUGACCGCAAGGUCGGCAAGGUCGGUAUGAUGCUGGUUGGUUGGGGUGGAAACAAUGGCUCCACAGUCACUGCUGGUAUUCUUGCCAACCGCCGCGGCCUCUCCUGGGAGACCCGCGAGGGUAAGCAGAAUUCCAACUACUAUGGUUCCAUUGUCAUGAGCUCCACCGUCAAGCUGGGUACUGAUGGCAAGACUGGAGAGGAAAUCAACAUCCCCUUCCGUGACCUGCUUCCUAUGGUCCACCCCAAUGACAUGGCUAUUGGUGGUUGGGACAUCAGCAGCAUGGAUCUGGCUGCGUCUAUGGAUCGUGCUCAGGUUCUUGAGCCUUCCCUGAAGGUCCUGGUCCGCAAGGAGAUGGCUGAACUGAAGCCCCUCCCCAGUAUCUACUACCCUGACUUCAUCGCCGCCAACCAGGAAGACCGCGCCGACAAUGUUAUCGAGGGUACCAAGGCUUGCUGGGCUCACGUCGAGAAGAUCCAGCAGGAUAUUCGUGACUUCAAGGCCCAGAACGGUCUGGACAAGGUCAUUGUCAUGUGGACUGCCAACACUGAACGUUACGCCGAUCUCAUCCCUGGUGUCAACGAUACUGCCGACAACUUGAUCAACUCCAUCAAGACUGGUCACGAGGAGGUUUCUCCCUCCACUGUGUUUGCCGUGGCCUCCAUUCUGGAGAACACUCCUUUCAUCAACGGAUCUCCCCAGAACACCUUUGUCCCUGGUGCUCUCCAACUUGCUGAGAAGACUGGUGCCUUCAUCGGUGGUGAUGACUUCAAGUCCGGCCAGACCAAGAUGAAGUCCGCCCUGGUUGACUUCCUGAUCAAUGCCGGUAUCAAGCUCACCUCCAUUGCCAGCUACAACCACCUUGGUAACAACGAUGGCAAGAACCUGAGCUCCCAGAAGCAGUUCCGCUCCAAGGAGAUCUCCAAGUCCAAUGUCGUUGAUGACAUGGUUGCUGCCAACAACAUUCUCUACGAGAAGGAUGAGCACCCUGACCACACCGUCGUCAUCAAGUACAUGCCUGCUGUUGGUGACAACAAGCGUGCCCUCGAUGAGUACUACGCCGAGAUCUUCAUGGGUGGUCACCAGACCAUCAGUUUGUUCAACAUCUGCGAGGACUCUCUGCUGGCUUCGCCUCUGAUCAUUGAUCUGGUUAUCCUCGCCGAGAUGAUGACCCGUGUCAGCUGGAAGACUGAUGCCGAGGGUGCCGAGUAUAAGGGCUUCCACAGCGUUCUGAGCAUUCUCAGCUACAUGCUCAAGGCUCCUCUGACCCCACCAGGCACUCCCGUUGUCAACGCUCUGGGCAAGCAGCGCUCCGCUCUGAUCAACAUCUUCCGUGCUUGCGUUGGCCUUCAGCCCGAGUCUGAGAUGACUCUUGAGCACAGACUCUUCGAGUAA